UGCCAAAAAGCACCAAAACACACUGGCUUCUCACCAUAACAUGGUCCGCAGGAGUAGCGUCGAUGCUUUAAAAACGUGCCGCUGAUCGCUGCAAGCAGUUCCCCGAGGUGUACCAUCGUAGUUGUUGAGCCAUCAUUUUGUUAUUACAUAAUGAAGAAUUACUCUCAAGAAUGACUGAUUCUGUUAGGGUCUGCAGCAACCAACGAUUGCGCAUCUGGAUUUGGCCGAGCCGCUACCACUAGCUAGCGGACAGGCUAGCAAAGCAGAAUGCUGUAGCGCUCUCCUCUGCAGUGAAUCCAAUCGACUGGAUAAUUUAGCCAGCUGUCAGUUUGCAGCCCUCACUAGUUAGGUCGUGCAGUAGCUGACGUUUAAAGGCCUGCCGAAAAUGUAAACCACCAUGCAAACAAAGAGACGGGAAAUGGCAGUGCCAGUGAUGGCCUCCCCCCUCCCUGUCUCCUUCAUCCUGGUGGUUCUCCUGUUGGCCAAGUCACCUGUGUGCCAGGCAGGGGACUGCAAGGGCCACAGGCAGGUUUUGAGGGGACCACCUGGCUAUGUGACAGAUGGAGCAGGAAACUACUCUGUCAAUGGGAAUUGCGAGUGGCUCAUCAAAGCUCCCAACAACAGUCACCGCAUUGUCUUGAAUUUCACCUUCAUGGACACAGAGUGCACUUAUGACUACCUUUUUGUGUAUGAUGGGGACUCCUACCAAAGCCCACUGCUAGCCAGUCUGAGUGGCAACACGGUGCCCCAGCCCAUUGAAGCAAAGUCUGGCAAGAUGCUGCUUCAUCUCUUCAGUGACGCUAAUUACAACCUCCUGGGGUUCAAUGCAACUUACACCUUCUCUUUGUGCCCUGGAGCGUGUGGCGGUCAUGGUCGUUGUGAUUCCUCUACAUCAAAGUGCCAUUGUCAUCAGGGUUGGGGUGGGCCCUCAUGUACAACCCCUCUGUGCACUCAAGCUUGUUCUGUGAACGGCCAGUGUGACAAGAAAGGAGAGCGUUGUCUGUGUAAGCCAGGCUUCGUGGGUCAAAGCUGCCAGCUUGGUCUCUAUAAUGACAGCGGUGCAGGGAAGUGGUGGCGUGUGAGUGAAGAAAACCCCUACACACCUCCCAGGACAGGUUCUGCAGGCGUGUACCUCUCCUCCACAGGAGCCAUGUACCUGUUUGGCGGAUUUGAUCUGAACAGAGCUCUUGGUGACUUGAUCAAAUACAAUUUCACAUCCAACCAAUGGGAAAGCAGGUCUUAUGGUCAUUCACCUGUGGCUCGUCAUUCCCACACAGCAGUAGAGUAUAUGGGUAAAAUGGUUAUCUUUGGAGGAGAGCUAGCCAACGGCUCCCUGGCCAAUGAUGUGUGGAUGUACCGGCCUCUCAAUGAUGACUGGCAACAACUUGGCCUUUCCACUUCACGUGGUGCUCCUAAACUGGCUAAUCACGCUGCGGCUAUAGUAGACAGUUAUCUCUAUGUGUUUGGAGGUCGUACUGAGGAGGAUAUGUUUUCCUCAACUCUGUAUCGGUUCGGCCUGCAUGGCUCUGGACGGUGGGAGACGGUUCAGCCCACAGGUGGGAAGCCACCUGCCACUGCUGGGCACUCCAUGGUCUUCCACAGCCCUUCCAGGACAUUGCUUGUCUAUGGAGGGCACAGGCCUACCACUGCCAGGUUUAGUGUCAGGGUGAACAAAACAGACGUGUUCCAUGUGGAUCGACGAUUUUGGACAUCCUUCCGUUCGCGUUUCGCUGCAACUGGCCCAAGAGAGCGAGCUUUCCAUUCAGCCACUGUCAUCGGAAACUACAUGGUUGUCUACGGAGGGAAUGUGCACAUUCAUUACCAAGAGGAAAAGUGCUAUGAUGAGGAAAUCUUUUUCUACCAUCUGGGUUGUCACCAGUGGGUCUCGGCAAAGGAGAAACUCAGUGGAGAUGCUAUGAGGGGGCGUUACUCACAUGUUGCUGCAGUGAUGGAGGGACGAGUGUUGCUGGUUGCUGGAGGUUACAGUGGCGUUGCGCGUGGAGACCUUGUGGCUUACAAAGUUCCCCUUUUUGUCAGUAGCGACCAAGGUGACAGGGAUGCUGUUUGUGCUGAGGCAGUAGAUGAAAAUAUGUGCCUGAAGAACCCAGAGUGCAGCUGGUGUGAAGGCCGCUGUCGAGAGUACCAGCCCACUAACCCGUGUGGAAGUACUGGUUGCUUGGGCCUUGCUCGCUUCCUGUCUGACUGCCAGUCCUGUCUGGUGUUCAGUGGCACUCCAGCUUCUCUGGCCCGUGCCCCUGGUGAAUUUGGCUGGUGUGUUCAGAAUGAAUCCUGCCUGCCAGUGUCAGAGCGAAGUGCGUGCCGUGUGGACCAGAUCUCAGGGGCGUACGGCUGGUGGGGGGAGCGUACCCUUUUCCUAACCUCCCUCCACUCCUGUCGCACCGAGAACUAUGUCCCGGGACUGCACCUGCUCACCUUCCAGCACCCCCGCAACGACUCCCAGCCUGACCAGGUAACCAUCCUCCGCAGCGCCACCAUCAUGCUUGGCCCCACCACAGAAAUGGACGUAGCCUUACAGUUUAGGGGGUUUGUCCACCCAUUGUGGGGCGGGCCUCCACCUGCACCCCCUCCUACAGAGACUGUCUCCAUGUGGGCUCGCAUCCAGAGGCUUCACUUUGAGGCUCGAAUGGCAACAGGACCCAACUCCAGCCAGAUGGAGGUGGUGGGUCGCUGGGCAGCUCAGCAGGAAAAGGAGCUGAAGCUCCUGGCUCGACCAGAUGGGAGUCGACUUUUCUCUAACCUCACUCGGGGAAACCAUUACCUUGUUCAGGCGGAGGGCUACCUGAACAACUCGGGCUCAGGACAGACAAGUGAGAUGGCCUUGAUCUGGAACAGAACGUUGCCUGGAGGAAGUGAGAUCUCCUUCCUAUUCUCGGAGCCGUACCGCUCAGGUUCCUGCUCAGGGUACAUGUCCUGUCUGGCCUGUCUGUCAGACCAGUCUUGUGGCUGGUGCCCGUCUUUGUCCCGCUGUCUGCUGCGUGACACCCCAGACCUGGAACCCUGCCCUGAGGGGCAGAACGGUGACGGGAAGAUGGAAGGUCAGCGCCAUCUGCUGUUAGCACCCCAGCACUGCACCAUGUGUGAAGAAUACAGAGACUGCUCUGCUUGUACUCAGGACCCUUAUUGUGAGUGGCAGAUAAACUCCAGCAAGAAAGGCGACUACCAGUGCAGUCGGCGGGGAAGAGUAGAUGGAUCCAUACGUGAUCCAAGGGGGUGUCCUAAAGUGUGCAACCAGAGAAAGACGUGUGGUGAAUGCCUUUCCAACUCCAGCCAGUGUGCGUGGUGUGAAUCGGCUCAAGCCUGCUUCUAUUUUGCUGCCUACCUCACAAAGUACCCCUAUGGAGAGUGUAGGGAUUGGUAUGACAGUGUUCACUCAGUUCCCCAGUGUAAGCAGUGUUCAGCUUUAAACACAUGUACAGAGUGCCUGAGGACUUUCCAGUGUGGCUGGUGUGGUGACUACAAUAAUCCCACAAUUGGAAAAUGUUUGAGGGGAGACUGGGCAGGAAUGGAUGAUCCAUCAGUGUAUAACUGUAGUGUGGCUGUGGCUGAAGCUCGGGCUGCAAACCCUGAACCCCAAACUUCAGCCCCACCACGUCCCCUAGAAAUGGAGAUGGAGUUGGAGCAUUUGAGUGAUGAAGAGCAAGAUGCAAUCUGGGCCUAUCCCACUUGUCCUGAUGUAGAGGAAUGCAGGCUGGGCCUCCACAACUGUCACCCCUCUGCCACCUGCAUCAACACUCCCACUUCAUAUGAGUGCCAUUGUGAGAGAGGAUUCACAGGGGAUGGCACACUGCACUGCAACCAAACCUGUUACAAUGAGUGUCGUGAGGGCCAGUGUAGCGGCAGCCCACGGUUUGAGUGUGAAUGCGCCCUGGGCUGGACAUCUGAUCCCGCUACUCUGGUUUUGAGUGGUGUAGAAUGUGAUGUUGACUGUGGCUGCAACUUCCACUCCACAUGUAUUACUGCUCCAGGGAUCUGUGAUGAAUGCCAAGACUGGACUACAGGGCCGCACUGUGAGCACUGCCGUCCAGGUAGCUUUGGCUCAGCCCUGGCUGGUGGUAGUGGCUGUGUUCCCUGUGAGUGUAACGGACACGGCGACCCUCUCCAGGGAUACUGUCACAACCAGACAGGCCAGUGCUACUGCACCCACAACACUCAGGGACCACACUGCGAGUCCUGUCUGCCUGGUUACUAUGGAGAUCCCAGAAACAAUGGAACAUGUUACCGCCAGUGCCAGGGCCGCUCUGUCCUGCUGUCCUCCACUUCCUCCACCACCAUUCCCCUGUCCUCUUCUUUGGGGUGGCGGAGUGGCACAGAGGGGAAAGGUGGACUUUCUCAUUGCCUGUGGGUCCUCUCUGUGACCGAGAACUUGGCACCUUGUCUGCCCAGACAGUUUUGUCCCCCAGUAGCUCUCACGCUACACCCAGACUCUCAUACACAUUGUAAAAGUUCGUAUGUCUAUGUGUUCGAUGGCCUGCCUCGUUUUCUGGGUAACGGAGUUGUACAUUCUGAUCACAAUCUAAUUGGAGCAUUUUGUGGCACCACGAGGACUCAGCCUAUCACAGUGGAGGCCACUUCAGGUGUGAUCUCAGUCUACUUUGAAGCCAACGUCACUUCAGACAGACCUCAAGGCUUCAAUGCAUCUUUCUGGGUACGACGGUGUCAGCAGAGCUCUGAGGAUGAAGAUGGAUCUGUAUGUCCAGGUGGAGCCCAGUGCCAGGGUGGGCUCUGCCAGUGCCCUCAAGGAUAUGGGGGACCACACUGUGACCGGCUAGUGUGCCCUCAGGAUUGUGGAAUAGCAGAAGGAAGAGGAACUUGUAAUAUAUCUCUGGGAGUGUGCAUGUGCACAGAGAGCUGGGUUGGGUCAGACUGCUCUAUUCCUCGAGACUUCAACAGCUUGGUGUGGGAAACCUUACUAGACACACAGAUGACUGUGAACCAGGCCCACCGGUUCCUCCACAGGAUGGGACAUUCUCUGGUGUCUGGACCACAGGGCAACCUCUGGAUGUAUGGAGGGCUUUCUCUGACAGAGGGAAUUCUGGGAAAUGUCUAUAGAUAUUCUGUGUUGGAGCGUCGUUGGACCCAAAUGUUGACAAGCUCUGUGGAAGAAGGGUCGAUGCCAAACCCUCGCUACCAUCACGCCUCUGCAAUGCUGAGUCAUGAGUCUGGCUCUGGAGCCAAUCACAACUUUAUGUUGGUAGUAGGUGGGGUCACUCAAGAUGGCGUUUCCAUGGAUACCUGGACUCUCAAUCUCAGCAGUUUAGUCUGGAGAGAGCACAAGAGCACAGUGCUUCCUCCAGUGGCAGGUCACACUUUAACUGUACGGCGAGACUGCUCUGUGCUGUUGAUUGGCGGUUACUCUCCUGAAAAUGGUUUCAAUCACCAUUUACUUGAGUUCAGCCCUCAGUCUGGAAACUGGACCAUUGCCCCCCACACUGGCACACCACCUACAGGUUUGUAUGGCCACACGGCAGUCUACCAUGAACAGACUGAUGCCAUCUAUGUCUUUGGAGGCUACCGCUUUCACGUGGAAAGUGUAGAGCCAUCUGCUGAGCUCUACAGCCUGUAUUACCCCAACCUCACCUGGUCUUUGCUGGCCACCUCUCAGGGUAUUAAGCCCCUGUCCCGUUUCUUCCACGCUGCUGCACUGAUUAAAGACACUAUGGUGAUUGUAGGCGGCAGGACAGAAGCAGAAGACUACAGUAACUCUGUCUCUCUGUACCAGAUCAACUGUAACACCUGGAUACAACCAGUGUCAGCUGUUGGAGAUCCGGUUAAUGGUUCGGUGUCCCUUGCCAUGACGAGCUGGGGCGGUCGUCUCUUCCUGUCAGGAGGCUUCAAUGGCGUCACCCUUGGCAGACUCCUAACCCUGUCUGUGCCCUCUGACCCCUGCGCCCUUCUUCCCACACCAGAGGCUUGCAACACCACCACAGGCAGCUGCAUAUGGUGUAGAGGGAGCUGUGCUUCUUCUGACACUGCUGAGAGAAUGGGAUGCUUCACUGGACAGUCUCCCUGUUCUCCAACCCCUCGUGAGCCAGACCAAUGUCGCAGACUCAAGACAUGCAGUGAAUGCCUUGCACGACACCCUAAAACAUUUUCCAGUCCAUCCCAGCCUGUUUUACAGUGCAAGUGGUGCACAAAUUGUCCAGAGGGGGCUUGUAUCAGCAGCUCUCUCAGCUGUACAGCUGUACAUGACUGUCGAAUCAACCAGAGAGAGAUCUUCCUGUCCAGCAACUGCACAGAGACUAGCUGUGAGGCUUCUGACUGCCCCAAGUGUACAGCUUCUGGAAAAUGCAUGUGGACUCGCCAGUUCAAACGCACAGGCGAAACGAGGCGCAUCUUGAGUGUGAAUCCCACUUAUGACUGGACAUGUUUCAGCUACGCUCUGCUCAACGUCUCACCCAUGCAGGUGGAGUCAUCCCCUCCUCUGCCGUGCCCUCCGCCAUGCCACAGUCUCCACAACUGCAGCCUUUGUCUGAGCUCCAAUGGCUCUGAUGGGGGCUGGCAGCACUGUGUGUGGAGCAUGGCCCUGCAGCGGUGCAUGAGCCCAUCUUUUGUGCCCCUCCGGUGUGAGGCAGGCCAGUGCGGUCGACUGCUUUCUAGGGGAGACUCCUGCUCUCCCCAGUGCUCCCAGCUCACUCAGUGCUCCCAGUGCAUUGCUAGGCCUCAGUGUGGUUGGUGUUCUUCUCGCGGUGGCAAUGGGGCUGGACGCUGCCUACAGGGAGGACUUGAUGGUGUGAGUGAGGGUGUCUGCCCUUUGACAAACAGCAGUUGGUCUUUCCUCCAUUGUCCAGAGGAGGAUGAAUGCGCCAACGGUCAUCACAACUGUAACAGCACUCAGGACUGCCACGAUCUGCCACAAGGAUACCACUGCACCUGCAAACAGGGUUACAUACUUAGCAGUAUUUCUGGUCAGUGUGAGCCAGUGUGUGCACAAGGCUGUGUGAAUGGGACAUGCACAUCCCCCGGAGUUUGCCAGUGUCACUUUGGCUUUGUAGGGGAUAACUGCUCCUCUCAGUGCAGCUGCAACAAACACAGCAACUGUGCUGGUGUUAACAAACCAGAUGUUUGUUUGGAGUGUCACAAUAACACCAUGGGUAAACAUUGUGAGAAGUGUAAGCCUCUGUUUGUGGGCUCUGCCAAGGGGGGUGGCACUUGCCAUCCAUGUCGGGAAUUUUGCAAGGGAAACAGCGCUGUGUGUCUAUCCCGGGAUGAACUUAAGAAGGCACAGGAUACUCCACACUUAUUUCCUCUUGACCCUAACAGCAUUCAGUCCUGGGUGUCUGAGGGUCCUACAGAGGAGAAUGCUGUAUGUGUAAAUUGUCAGAACAACAGCGUAGGGGAUCGGUGUGAGAGCUGCCUUAGCGGCUACUUCCUGCUGCAGGGGAAGUGUGAGAAGUGUCAAUGUAAUGGCCAUGCAGACACAUGCAAUGAACACGAUGGCACAGGCUGCCCCUGCCAAAACAACACAGAGACCUCCUCCUGCCUCAGCAGCCCCCAGAGUGAUCGCAAAGAUUGCUACAGACAACAGUGUGCAAAGUGCAAGGAUUCUUUCAAUGGCACACCAGUGAAUGGGCGUCAGUGCUACCGUCAGUUUAAUGUGGACACAGAGUGCUGCUUUGACCCCACAUCGCAGACCAACUGCUUUCACGAUCCCACCAUUCGCAACCUGCCCAAGGGGCGCACUGUAUUCUUUGCUGCCCAGCCAAAGUUCACCAAUGUGGACAUUCGGGUCACCAUUGAUGUCACUUUUGGUGAGGUGGAGGUGUACGUGUCCAACUCUCAUGACACCUUCAUUGUGAACGUAGAUCGAUACACAGGGAUUCACACCAUCAAGAUCGAGGAGGAAUCUGUAGUUCCAGGGAAAACUGCCGGGACAGAAAAGGAUUCACCUCCGUCCCCUAUAAAGGUGUUUGCCAACACCUCAUCCAACUUUGCAGGUUCUGUGCUCUCCCAAAGCCUGCAAGCAAAACCUCCAGGAGCGGAAAGGGAAAUUAGAGAGGAACGUGCUGAAGGACUCAUCACCUAUAUCACCGUGUGGAAACCCCAGACGGUGCUGAUUGUCCGUGGUGUUCGAGAUCGCGUAGUGAUCACCUUCCCCCAUGAGGUGCACUCCUUGAAAUCUAGUCGCUUUUACAUCGCUCUGAGAGGUGUGGGAACUGAAGAGAGACAAGGAGAGUCCCAGGGCCUGCUGUUUCUGCGACAGGACCAAGCCCACAUUGACCUUUUUGUCUUCUUCUCUGUCUUCUUCUCCUGCUUUUUCCUCUUCCUGUCUGUCUGCGUCCUCCUGUGGAAGGUUAAGCAGUUCCUGGACUUCCGUCGGGAGCAGCGUCGCCACAUUCAGGAGAUGACAAAGAUGGCAUCAAGGCCUUUUGCUAAGCUCACUAUAUACCUUGAGCCGGAGGAGCCUCAGCUCAUCUACUUGCCUUCAUCUGGUGGAGGGGUAGGGGGCAGCACUGUGUCGCUUGCUCAUGCCCGCACAAGCAAGUUAAGUGGAGUGGUGGUUGGCCAGAGGGGCAGAGCAGGACCUGUCUCCUAUAAACAUGACCCAUCCUCCGGAACCACAGCCCAUCACCACCAUCACCUCACCUUGGGUGGAGGAGGCAACAGCGGCCAGCAUUUACCACUGCACUACUUGAACACCCAUCAUUAUGCCAGUACCACAGCUGGCAACCCAGCCUCACAUCAUCACCACCCAUCCACAUACAGCGCUUACCAGCACUUUUGCCGUCCUGACCCUUUCCUCUCUCAGCUUAUGGGCUUUUCCUAUUCCUCCUUCAAGGUGGGGCCCAUUACCCUGGAGCCCACAGAUGAUGGUAUGGCUGGAGUGGCUACAGUCCUCUUCCAGCUGCCGGGGGGUGUCUUGGCUCCAAACCGCGCCUGUCUGGGCUCCGCACUGGUUACUUUGCGACAGAACCUGCAGGAAUACUGUGGCCACGGCAAUGGAGGCGGGCAUCCAGGAGCGGGUGCGGGCCGCAAGGGGCUGCUGGGGCAUCAGCACCUGACCACUAUGGCUAUGUAGAGAAACAAGUAACAUUUUUAUGAGAGAUAGAAUAAGUCUUUAAAGUGUUUGGUAUAUAAUAAAUUAAUUUUGAAAGAAACACAGCCACAAGGCAAUGACAACAUCCAAAAGUAAGAGCAACUUGAGCAUUUUGAAGAGAUGUACAUAUACUGUAUAAUGAAUUUAAAGUGUCUUUUAUUCUAUUAUGUGUUGCUAUACUGUAUUUCAGUGCUUCACAUGACCAAGCCAGCUGUCUCUAGAAUGCACUACAACUGCUAUACGUAUCAGCAAAAUGCAUCACAUCGUGUCUGUGAUCACUAAAGAGGUAUGAGUGCACUCGACAGAUUAUGCGACUGAAGACUGAAGCUGGACUAGUGUUAAAAUUAUUCUCAUUGACCAACAGAGGUGUAAAACCAUGUGCUUGUUUUGGAACCAACAUGUGCUUUAUACCCCCCUUCCCAAAAAAGUGACAAUCAGAAUUGCCAUUGAGAACAAAAGACUUGAUUGUCAGCGCAGGAAAAAAGUCUGAGUUACUCGUGAGAUGGUUUUUAUAUCAUAGUCGAUAUGAAUGAUUUAUUAAUUGUAGCUAAGUAUAUGGCAGGCUUCUAAGCUACACGUUUAUGUUAAACAGACUCAGUAUGUUUCCGCAUAUGCAUUCACCUGCUCUGUUACGUUACACAUCUUUUUGCUCGUCUGCCUUCACUUCUUGCCUUGUCUGUGAGUCAGAUGGCUUACACUGAAUACUUGUGUUAAUGGAAAUGUGUUUGGUGCAGCUCCUGGAAGAUGUAAAAGUGACAUUUAGAAUUUUCUUUCAUGAGUUGUUUUGAAUUGAGAAGUUGUGAAGGAUAAUGUUUUCAGUAUCGUUUUUGCACUCACGACACUACAGUAACUUAACAGAACUCGUCCAUUAAAAUGAAGAAAUUGUCCUUUUUAUGAUUAUUUUUUGUUCACAUUAAAUGUGUGUUGGUGUUGAGAUGGUUCAUUAAGCUGCCUUUUUUUUUAUGGCAGCUUGCCUUCUUAGGUGAUUGUAUGCACCAAUCAAACUAUGGUCUAACUAAAAAUAAAUAAAUACAGUAUGAACAGUUACAUUUCAUUAACAGUGGAAAGUGUUACAUUAGAAAGUUCUCCUGGUGAGAGGUUUGGAAAGGUUUUGCAGCAUUAUUUUAAUUGAUUUACAUGUUCACUGGUUUGUGUUAACGGGAGUAUUUUGAUUUACUUUUUUGCACUGCACGGAGCCAUGGGGCUUUAAAAUUCAUGUGAAACACAAGAGCGGGGUGUCAUCCAUGCUCGGAUGGCAAACAUUGUCGUGGACGAACUCAGAAUGGUGCUACUGGCGUUUUUUGUUUUUUUGCUUUUUUUCUUCUUUUCUUUUUUUCCAUUUUUUUUGGGUAGUUCAGCAUAGUUCAGCAAAAUAAAGCUCAUAUGAAUACUGUCAUUAUUUAUAGCAGCCAUGCCCAAAUGAGCAUUAAAAUUGUUGUCUUGUAUCUCUGUGUAAUUUUUUUUAACAUGCUUUAUUUUUGUACAUAACUUUUAUUGUGUUUGUAUUUUCGUUUUCAAAGAAGGGAAUAGUGUUGUACAGAGGAUUGUGUGAGGAGUCUGUGUCUUGAGUCAGCUGAAAUAAAGUCUGUGGAACAUGA